ACAGACAACGAACCCGACAUCCUUCCUGAAGCAUUUCUGAUCUCAGGCCUGGUGCAUCAGAAAGCCAGACCUGUUUAUUAUGUUAUUACAAGCUGUCAGGUCUGCACUCCGCUCUUCAAAUCACGGAUGUAAACUACACCAGCUAAUGUUACAAUAAAUGUGUUGUCCUGUCGACGUUAUCACAAGCUCAUCCGCAUUUAGCUAGUUAACGCUACAACAUUAGCUAACUAAGUUAGAAGAUCUGAGCUUUCUUAUGCUAAAAAUGGAAGACACACAGGUGAUUAAAGUCGCUUAAACUGGACCGUGCAUAAACGGGUUAGCGUAUAUAUCCAACCACCUUCAUCCCUGUAACAUUCACGUUAAUUAUAUGUAUAUACAGGCGACAAGUUUAACAGCAGCUGCUGGUAAAAUAUGUCGUCGAUGGCUAACAUUAAGGAGUGGUUUGGCUCAUAUGCUACUUUAUAAUAUAAACAGCACGCAGAUUAUGUUACUACGUUACUGUUAGCGAGAUCGACCAGUUUUCAAACAACGUAAGCUAGGUAACGUUAACUACUGUGUACACACCGAGCAUUGAGCCACAUAUCUGCCACUGCUAAUGCACAACCACAGAUACGGCUACAACAGUGCUAGCUAAUGCUAUCGAAUAUUAGCUAGCUAACGUAGCUACUGACAGAAGCUACAAGUAGCCAGGCUAACGGCGUUAGCUAGCAAGAGCAGUGGAAUGGCAUUUCAUUAACAAAUAUGUUGCAGUCAUUUUGCAUGCAUACAAAUUAUGAAAUGUUACAACGCUGAGAAAUAGUUAUCACAUCUCCAGCGAACGUUACUCACCUCUGGAAUCACAUAUGAAGAAAAGCUAGCGUGCUAGCUAGCUUAGCUAAAGUGCUUUAGUGCGAUUUUCUUUUUUAGCUUUUUGAGGCAUUCGUCGAGGCUACAAGAACAGCGACGCCUGAGCGAACAGUCAACAUGGGUCCGAAAAAGAGAGGAGCAAGGAAAAGGACAUCCGAGGAGGCUUUGGGAGGAGAACAGCACAGAGAGGGCAAUGAGGAGGAGGCUGAGGAGAGAGGAGACAGGAGGAGGAAGAACCGCAGGAAUAACAAAUACAUUGGAGCUCAUGUUGGCAUUCAAGGUGGGAUAUGGAAAGCAGUGGGGUCCUGCACAGAGAUGGGUGGCAGCAGUUUCGCUCUGUUUCUGGGCUCCCAACGGUCAUGGAAGAGGCCUGCACUGGACCAGACCGCUGCAGCCAAGUUUCGGGAGCAAUGUUCCCUACAGGAGUAUGACCCAGCUCACAUCCUGCCUCAUGGGUCCUACCUGAUGAACUGUGGAUCUCCUAAAGAGGAUGUGUUUGAGAAGAGCCAGGCCAUGCUGGUGGAUGAGCUCAGCCGCUGCAGCCUCCUGGGCCUCAACCUCUACAACUUCCACCCUGGUUCCUCCCUGGGCUCCAUCACCACUGAGCAGUGUGUGGCGAAGAUAGCAGGAGCUAUUAAUCAUGCUCACCAGCAAACCCCUGCUGUGGUUACAGUGUUGGAGAACAUGAGCGGUCAGGGCAGUACGGUGGGUGGGAAGUUCUCUGAGCUAAAGAGCAUCAUAGACAAAGUGAGAGACCAGACCAGAGUAGGAGUGUGUCUGGAUACCUGCCACGCCUACGCAGCAGGAUAUGACGUGGCUGCAGAGGGAGGAGUGAAGGCCAUGCUUGAUGAGUUUGAUCAGGAAGUGGGGCUCCACUAUCUUAAAGCCAUCCAUCUCAAUGACUCCAAAGGUAAACUAGGCUGCCACCUCGAUCGCCAUGAAGACAUUGGCAAAGGUCACAUCGGAAUCUCUGCUUUCCGAGACAUUGUCAAUGAGCCCAGGCUGGACAACAUCCCUCUGAUACUGGAGACACCUGGACGGCCAGGGUUUGAGUAUGCUGAGCAGAUUGAACUUCUCUAUUCCCUCUGUGAGAAAAACUAGUAAGCACCCCCACUGAUGAGUUGGCACCGCUAAACUGGACCCUGCCAUACCACAGCUCACACGUCUGAAGAGAAAUCCAAAUCGUUUGUCAAGGACCAAAGUGGAUGGGUGGCAGAGCCCGUUCUCUUUCACCCCACCCAAAUUUGUUUGGUUGUUAAUCACCGGGUGGACAGUUCUGAACAUGAGUUGUCUUGUUUACAUUGAGACUCUAGAUGGCAGCAUUAACACACAGCACUAACUUCAUUUCAGAGUCCUCGAUGUGAUGCCAAAUAACACAGGCACAGACCUAAAAAUGUAUAAAAAUCCAAUUUACAUUCACAUUUGCAUUUGAAGAGUCACAUACUUAUGGUGCAGUUUCAAUUUAUAGGACCUAAUGUAGUUAUUGGCAACUGUAUUUUUCUUAUCUGAUCCCUUCAAAUGCCAUUAUUUGAGGAACUAAUACUUCACCAAUGAUAUUGCAUGUCACUAUAUUUAACUGAUGUAUAUGGAUUUAUAAGGACUCCCUAUAAACUAACACACACACACCACUCUCAUCCAUAAUAACCCCCGCAUUCCUUCUCUAAAAUACUCCGGCUGUUGAAUACCAACACUUUGGUGCAGCUGUUGACCCCUGGGAGGACACCAAUUGAUUGUCACACCUAUUUCAACACCCCACGGUGCACAUAGACAUACAUGUGUGCACACACACACACACACACACACACACCUGACAUUUGAGGCUUUGAAACCUACAGCUUUCUAUCUGUGAAUGCAGCUGAGACAACGACACGAGAGAGCAAAUACAGAGAGAAACGUGGGGUUUAGAAUAUGAGCUACUAAUACGUGUUGACUUUAGUGUGACUCCUAAUACUAAAAACAGUGCAAACAUAACCAGAUGCAAGUUUGAUCAUGUUUUCUGGAUUCAUAUUAAACUUUUCCCCACA